CUCUCAGCUUACCCGCGUGAGACGCGACGCGCGCAGCCCAGCAAGUAGCCUUACGCGGCGGCGCAGCCGGAGCAACAGCCCAGAGCCCCACUUAGCGCGACUCCGCGAUGAGCUCCAUCUUGGACGUCAACACCAUCUUCCAGAACCUGCGUAACCUGUCUCUGAGCGAGGACCAGGACAUGCCCUCCUCGCGCCGGGACUCCGCCUGUUCCCUGGACACGCCCUACAGCAGCGGGGACUCCUCCCAGCUGUGGCCACUUCGCAGCCACUGGAGCCCCGGCUCCGAGCAGCACCUGCGCCCCCUCGGCGAGCCUGCCCGCUGCCCGCCUUUGAGGCCCGACCGCUCCAUCAGCCUCAUCGAGGGCAGCAAGGCGCUGCCGCCGCCCCCUCCGGGCUUCCCUCCCCUCAAGCUGCCCUCGCUGGCGGCGGCGGCGCCGCUCUCCUCCCGCUACAAGACGGAGCUGUGCCGCACCUUCAGCGAGACGGGCAAGUGCAAGUACGGGGCCAAGUGCCAGUUUGCCCACGGCGCGGCCGAGCUGCGCACGGUCAGCCGCCACCCCAAGUACAAGACGGAGCUGUGCCACAAGUUCUACAUCCACGGCGAGUGCCCCUACGGCUCCCGCUGCCACUUCAUCCACUCCAUCGAGGAGGCGCAGGCCUGCUCGCCGUCCUCGUCGUCACCGCAGCUCCUGCGACAGAGCGUCAGCUACUCCGGAGUGCCGGCCGGCCGCCGCUCUUCCCCUCUGCACGGCGUCCCCGACCCGGCCUCCUUUGCCCGGGCGCCGUCCGUCUCGCCGCCUCCAGCCCCCGCCGACCUCCUCUCCCCGACCUUCGGGCACCUGAACUCGGAUCCCAUCUCCCGCUUCCACACGCUGGGAGAGGCCCUGUCCAUCCCGGCCUCCUCUGGGGGGUGCUGCUCGUGCCGCUGUGGCAAGUCAGCCAGCUUGUCCGGCCCUCUCCAGACCCACCACCGGGACCUCUUCUCCGCUGCCCCGGGGACGCCGACCUCUGCGGCCGCUUCCGGUAACCUGCCCCGGACGCCUUCCUCCAACUCUCUCUCCGACCCCGACUGCUACAGCAGCUCCAGCAGCCUGAGCGGCUCCGAUUCGCCCGUCUUCGACUUCCAUGCCCCCAGCGGUCCCGUGGGGAGCGGCAACCGCCUGCCCAUCUUCAACCGAAUCUCCGUCUCGGAGUGAGCCCUCCCGGCAGCGGGGCGCCUUCGCCAGUUUGCGGAUUUAUACGGGGAGUGAUUUGUCGCUGCGCAGGUGUUACGUAUGACCUCCCCGGUUUGCGGGGAACCACCCUUUGGACUCGAUCCCUCAGAGCUGUCGCUGGCCCGGGUCCUGAAGCCGCACGCAGGAAAUUCCCGGUGUCUCGUCGCGUCCUUUCCGCUGACGGAAGAGGGAGAGAAGAUCGCGGGGAGAGGAGGCUGGAACCCUCCUUCCCGUCUCCCCUCCGUCGAAGUGUGCCUGGAAAAAAAAAUACUUUUAAAAGAGAGAGGAAAAAAUGGAACAACAACCCAAAUUGGUUCUGGCUUGUUGCGUUUACCCCACAAGUGCCUUGUGCGGGCUCGAAGCGGGCACAGCCCACCAACCCAAUCCGUCAGGGGCCACGAGUCUCGCGUCAAACAACGCGAUUGGCAGGUGACCACAGUGAGCCUUUGACGGUGGGGCAGUGUUCCCCCCACCCUCUGCUUCCUCACCUUGGUUUUGCCUUUUCCCCACCCUAGUGACUUCUGCCCCCCAGGACACCCUUUAUAGCAUGAC